AUGCCCUCUCCCAUCUACCCCGACCGUCUCAUUCGGCCUCUACCGAAGCGUCCAUUACGCUCUCGUCUUUCCCCAGAGGUUGUAAAGUCCAUCCGUUUUCCACCGGCCCCCCGUGUCUCUCGCCUCUUCUUUCGCUCCUACUCGGACUAUAGCGAAAGUCAUGACAACAAAGUGCAUUUGCAACAACAGCAUUCUGUUGACACCUACAACCAUGACGGCCAUGACCACAGCCCUGAUCGAGAUCAUCGCCACCCGUACGAGAAUGGCGUCUCAGAAGUCGAGAGCGGAGACGAAGAUGGGUCGGUCGUAGUUCGCCGAAGUGGCGGGUUCCGCGGGUCGUCGCUACCUCCUGCCACGCCGUUUCCCAACGGCCAGACACAGCCUGCGGACCUCGAGACGUCGCAAACAAAGUCUUCACCGGCCGGGCUGGAUGGUUACGAUGCAUUUGAGAACACUAAUAAUAAAAAGAAGCGAAAGAUACCCACCUCUGGAACGCUGGGUAGUCAUCAUUCUACCCUCACCACGGAUCUUGCGAGCAUGGGAAUAUCUGGGUCCAACCCUGGAUCGCCCGGUGGCCUGGGUGACGGGGGGACUGGCACAUAUUAUGGUUCUGGCAGUCCAGCUGCCUCGAAUGCUGGAAGCGGGAUCUCGGGGUCAGGGCGCGGCCGCUAUGGGCGUCAUACACCACGCACAUCAGGUAGCCGCGGUGCACUUCCGGUGCAUCCUCAAGGCGCCUUGUUGGGUGCGCGACCGCCUGGUAGUCCUCGGGAUCCGGCACCGCCUUCACAUAUCGGAACAGGUGAAAUAGGAGCUACUAAACCAGACCAAGGCAUAAUUUCAGCGGCAAUCGCAAAUGCAGCCGCGCUCACUCCCCCUUCCAGAGGACCCAACACCAUUCUCAGUCCUCUUGAACGACAAGCAAGCACGCCGCAGCCCAAUGCAACAGGGACACAGUUCACAUUCACAUGUGAAUCGGAUAGUUCGAAGAGCAUUGCUCUGCAUGCUCCAGGCACGUAUCCGCGUUUUCCAAUUGCACCGAACCCGCGUGACUUUGCUACUCAGGGAACGCAGACCAGUCCGAGCAUGGGCGCGAUGGGUGGACAGCAGCAGUUACCCCAACCGCCUGCCGGAGGUGCACCGGGGGCUAAUCCCGGUCAGAGACCCAAACGGUCUCGAGAUAGUAUAUAUGCUUUGGCAGCUCGGCGUCGCAAGAUACAACAACACUACACGAAUAUCCACAACCCGCCUAGCCCGGAAGAGAUCUGGAUGUGCGAGUUUUGCGAGUACGAAGCCAUUUUUGGAGAACCACCGCGAGCGCUGAUCCGGCAAUAUGAGAUUAAGGAUCGGAAGGAGCGGCGUCGGUUGGCGGAGAAGCGACGCCUUCUGGAGAAGGCGAAGAUGAAAGGCCGAAAAGGCAAAAAGGCCACCAAGAAUGCAGCCAAGCAGACGGGCACAGGUGCUCAACAGGCUCAGGCUGCUGCUGCUGCACAUCAGCACGGUGCUGAACACGCGCCACCGAUGAAUGCACAUCAUCCGGAUGACUAUCUUGGAGAGUACGAAGAUGAAACGCCGCCGAUGCCUACAUCAGUUCCUCCUGUACCACAGCCAAUGGCAGAUAGGCCGCCUGUAGGCAUGCCGAACACAGGAAAUUCUCCUCCUAUUGAAGGGUCAGCUCAAAUCAAAGGAGGAAUCGGCGACGGUGGCAUGGAUCGACCGUCUUGA